CUUAAGUCCCGCCUCUUCCGGAUGCACACACGGACCAAUCAGCGGCGGUGUUGAGCAUGGAUGGGACGUUACGUCAGCUGCCGUCGUGUCGGGAUUGGAAUGUAACCGACUAACAAUCGGAACAACUGAGCACUCAGUAAUUGGACACAAGGAUCAAGGAAUCGCGUCUUUUUGAAAGAAUUCUCCCGUCUCUGCGCUAUUCUGCUCCGUCCUCUCUGUGUCGUUUCCACGCGUGUCCGCGUGUAACUUCGCCUCCUGCGACCGCUGCUGCGUGGCUCAGCUCCCCGCCGAUGAGGCUUUUAUUUGAUACCAGCGAGGGAAUGCGGGGAUAGGACGAAAAAUGCAGGGAUUCGUCAGGUUACUCUUGCACCGCUGAGCCGCUUCCUCUCUGCCUGCGCAACGGCGCGACCUCCCCGCUUUCUGCAUCUCCUCACUCGGGACCAUGGAGCCUUAGAAGAGGGGGGAGAGAGGACGAAUUCACCCGGAGGUAUUGGGAUCGGAGCGCGGCGGCUCCUUUUACGACUCCCCGGUCAGUGAGUGACCGAGUUUAACAUCCAAAACCGGGGUACCUUUGCGUCUGGGAGAGCCUCGGGGACCCAGCCGCUGCUUACCCCGGGAGGAGAGAGUUCCCACGCCGCUGUCGUUUUCCAUGUGAAUAUCUCCUUUACACCGCCGGCCUGAAUGAAGGCGAGAAGAAGCGCAGGCUGAACACGGAGAGUGUGGAUUUGAUUCGAUCACCGUGGUGUCAGCGGCAGCAGCAGCAACAGCAGCAGCAGCAGCAGCAGCAGCGUCCGAGCGUCGCCGCACGCGCUGCAUGUGUUUAAAUGGUGAAACUCUACAGAAGAGGGAGAACCGGGCAACACUUGUAAAAUCGCCCACAUGCACUGGAUCAAUUGCUGGAUUUGGGAACCACAUACGCAGAAGGGGGUUUGGGGAUCCUUGGAGGAGGCAGCCGGAGGAUGGAGCGGUGUAGCCGGGGACACAUGCAGGCCAAAAAACGCUACCUGAUCCUGCUCUCCGCCGGCGCGUGUCUCGUGCUGCUCUUCUACCUCGGAGGUGUUCAACUUCCAGCGGCGAGCAGGAGCCGGCACGACCGCAGCCGACAUGGAUACCGGCCCGAGCAGCCGUGGCCUCACUUCUCUGACCCUUUACACCCGUUCCUGCCCUGGGAUCACACGGACACGGAGGAGUACAACCUGCACAUAUCCCCCACGCAGAAGAGGGACAUCCACGCGAGUGUUUACAAAGGGAAACACUGUCGCAUGGAUUCAUGCUUUGAUUUCUCUCGGUGUCAAAAGAACGGAUUCAAAGUUUAUGUUUACCCGCAGCAGAAAGGGGAGAAGAUCUCCGAGAGUUAUCAGAAUAUUUUAUCCACUAUUGAGGGGUCUAGGUUUUACACCUCAGACCCCGGACAGGCGUGUCUGUUCGUCCUGAGUCUGGACACCCUGGACCGGGACCAGCUGUCCCCGCAAUACGUCCACAACCUAAAGACCAAGGUCCAGAACCUGCCCCUGUGGAAUGACGGCAGGAACCACCUUAUAUUUAACUUGUACUCGGGGACGUGGCCGGACUACACGGAAGACUUGGGCUUCGACAUCGGUCAGGCCAUGUUGGCCAAAGCCAGCAUCGGCACCGACAACUUCAGGCCCAGAUUCGACGUCUCCAUCCCCCUCUUCUCCAAGGAGCACCCGCGCACCGGCGGGGAGAGGGGGUUCCUCAAGUACAACUCCAUCCCGCCUUUCAGAAAGUACAUGCUGGUGUUCAAGGGGAAACGCUACCUGACCGGUAUCGGCUCGGACACCAGGAAUGCCUUAUACCACGUCCAUAACGCGGAGGACGUGGUUCUGCUCACCACCUGCAAGCACGGCAAAGACUGGCAGAAGCACAAGGACGCGCGCUGUGACAAGGACAACGCAGAGUAUGACAAGUACGACUAUAAAGAGAUGCUUCACAACUCCACCUUCUGUUUGGUGCCUCGUGGCAGACGACUGGGUUCCUUUCGCUUCCUUGAGGCGCUGCAGGCUGCAUGUGUGCCGGUGAUGCUGAGUAACGGCUGGGAGCUGCCUUUCUCCGAGAUCAUUGACUGGAACACAGCUGCAGUCAUCGGCGACGAGAGGCUCCUGCUGCAGAUUCCAACCACGGUGCGCUCCAUCCACCAGGACAAGAUCCUGUCCCUCAGACAACAGACGCAGUUCCUGUGGGAGGCCUACUUCUCCUCUGUGGAAAAGAUAGUGCUGAGCACACUGGAGAUCAUCCAGGACAGAGUGCUAGAGCACGGCUCCAGGAGCAGCCUGAUGUGGAACAGUCACCCUGGGGGACUCUUUGCCCUGCCGCAGUACUCUGGAUACCUGGGAGACUUCCCCUUCUACUACGCAACACUGGGAAUCAAACCGCACCCCAAGUUCACAGCAGUCAUCCACGCCGUCUCGCCUCUGGUGUCCCAGUCACAGCCCAUUCUCAAGCUCCUGGCAGCGGUGGCCAAGUCCCAGUACUGUGCACAGAUCAUCGUCCUGUGGAACUGUGACAAGCCUCUCCCUGCAAAGCAGCGCUGGCCUGCCACCUCAGUGCCCGUCAUCGUCAUCGAGGGGGAAAAUAAGGUGAUGAGCAGCCGCUUCCUGCCCUAUGAGACCAUAGUGACCGACGCUGUCCUCAGUCUGGAUGAAGACACGGUGUUGUCCACCACAGAGGUGGACUUCGCCUUCACUGUGUGGCAGAGUUUUCCCGAGCGUCUCGUUGGUUAUCCGGCCCGCAGUCACUUCUGGGACAGCAACAAGGAGCGAUGGGGCUACACGUCCAAAUGGACCAACGACUAUUCAAUGGUGCUGACUGGAGCUGCCAUCUACCACAAGUAUUACCAUUAUCUCUACACCAGCUUCCUGCCCAGCAGUCUGAAGAACAUGGUGGACCAGCUGGCCAACUGUGAGGACAUCCUGAUGAACUUCCUGGUCUCUGCUGUCACUAAGCUGCCGCCCAUCAAGGUCACACAGAAGAAACAGUACAAGGAGACAAUGAUGGGACAGUCUUCAAGGGCCUCGCGCUGGGCCGACCCCGACCACUUCGCCCAGAGACAGACUUGCAUGAACAAGUUCGCCAGCUGGUUUGGCGCCAUGCCGCUGGUCCACUCCCAGAUGAGACUGGACCCCGUCCUGUUCAAGGACCAGGUCUCCAUCCUUCGCAAGAAAUACAGGGACAUCGAGAGGCUCUGACAGGACCGGCGCCCCCUGGGGGGCGGAGACCUCGCACUGGGGGAGCCAAGAGAGACUGACUCGGUGGGAAGCAGGAGUAGUAGGACUGUAGCCGGAUGGACGGACAGUGACAUUCAGCACAUUGCCAAUGACUACAGUGCCACUGCGGCUGCUGCUGCUGCUGCUGCUGCUGCUGCUGCUGCUGCUGCUGCUGCUGCUGCUGCUGCUGCUGCUUCUGCCCGGACUGGACGUGGAAAGGGACGAAUGAGGACAAAUGCAGAUGGUGUUUAGAUUUGAAACCCUCAGACAAAAAAGGAAAAACACUGACAGAGAGAGAACACAAAGACAAGCCAAACAGUUCUGUGUGUUUCACAAACACACAGUGCGCACUACUGACGACGACGGUGACGAGAACUCUGGAAUAGAAUAUUUUUUUGUACAACACGAACAAGAGCGACACUGACUUUCCCGCUCUUUCGGCACAUGUACAGGAUGGUAGAAGAGGGAAGGUGUUCUUGACCGCAAACCUGGCAACCCCCCACCCCGCACACCACUAAUCCUACUGGUCAUAAGCCUGGACUCACUACCAAACCCCUGCUUUUCAGUGUGGGAAACCCUGUUCUUCUGAUUUGAUUCCAUUGUACAAAUCAACUCUUGGGUUUUUUUUCACUCCCAGAUGAGUUUUUGGUCUUGAAUAUGUUUUCAAACAUUUACAUCAGUGUCCAGUCAUUACAAGGUAUUUACAGAAAAGCAGCUGUUAUAUACUCUGAUAUUUUACACACACACACACACACACAUCCUGGAUUCUGAAAACAUGUGGUCAGCCUCAUCGUUGAUGUGGUGAUGCACAGUGUGUACAACGGUCUGUUAUCGCCAAGAUCAAUUUGAAAAGAACAUUGUUUCAUAUCCCAUUUUCCUCUUAUACUCGUGGCUGUUUUACUUUUCAGAUUUUUUUUCUCCA